GUUUACAUGUUCUCCGCCUAAGCGCAGUAGUAAUUUUAAGUAAUCGAAGACAAACCAAACGUCACGCGAUAUCAUCACGACUUCAUCUCAUUCAAUGCAAAUCUUUUCUGACAAACCCUCGCAGAAUUGAACAUUUGUUUCAGCUGCUUCAGCGCGACUAGAAAUCGAAGUGAAACUUCACAUACAAGGCGUAGUAUACAGCGGAUCUCAUAUUUCAUGGAACAAAUUUGAGCUCGACAGCUGAAUAUUUGAUUGUGUACACAAAAUGAGGGGGUCGGACAUAGGGGCGCUUGCCUCUGUGCUCCUUCUUACAGCUGCAUUGCUCGAUUGGAGUCUGAUCUCACUACUAUUUUUGAUUGCAUUUCUUAUCGUUCAGUACAUUAUUACACAAAGAGGUCAGAAUUCAUGGAAAUUAGAAGUUCUAUGGUUUUUUGUAAUAGUCAUAUCAGUUAUGGCAAUUCUUGCUGAAAGUGGAUUUUAUACUGUAUGGAGUAUGAAAAUGGAAAAAUGGAGAAUUGCAGGGCUCUGGUGGGCAAAGCUCAUAGGAUUUACAAGGUUGAAUCCAUGGAAAGGAACUGCUUUCGUUUAUAUACUUUUCACCACACAACUAGCAGUUGUUUUGGUUGCUACAAUUGCAUUGCAUGCCAGUAAAACAGAUCAUUUAUCAUUGCAUGAAUCGUCUUGGAGGAAGUUGCUGUCGUCACUUUUACAUUUUGGUUUUCAGCUCAAGAUUCUUUUUCGUUUAGCAUUACCUGGUCUCCAGUUAUUAGUCGGUGUAAGUCACCCAUCUUGGAUGUCUCUUCCUUUCUUCAUGUGUAGCUGCAUGAGCCUGCUUAAUUGGUGUCUGAGAAUCAAAAUAGCUGGUAUUUCCUGGUGUAGGAGACCUCUUCUGUUAUAUAGUGCCUUGAACAUUCUUCUGCUCUAUGUUUACCAACUACCAGUGUUUCUCCCAUCACCAUUAUCAACAGCAGCAGAUUAUUUGGGUCUGUAUAAAGUAUCAACAGAGAUGGGAUGGCCAGCAAUUAUAUCUGGAGUUUCCCUUCUGGCAUUUUAUAUUGUGUUUUGCAGUGUAAUACAUGAUUUGAAAGAAACAGAAUUGGAAAUUUCUCCAUUCUACAAGACUUACACUUCACUAGUGUGUGAUGGGUAUACAUUGACACGUUCAGGCAAUGAUAUGACAGAGCAUCUUUUACCGUCUCAGCUACCAAAUUCAGACAUAGGUGCAAUAUUGAUGACUACACAGAGGCCAGAGUUGAGUAUUGGGGUCAUUUUUCAACAUGUCAUUAUCAAUUUCUUCAUCUAUGGAUAUCCGGUUUCUCUGCUUGCUCUUUCACUUUGGAGUUUCAAUUAUGGAAGCAUUUUUGCUUUUGGCCUUGUCAUCUACAUAGGAUAUGUUCUUUAUGUCUUCCCUUCUAUAUACUCUUUGCAUCGAGUGAAUGUUUUUCUUCUUAGCUUUAUUCUUGUUUGGGUUGUGAGCACAUAUGCAUUCAACGCAACCUUCGAUGUCUCAAGGAUGGAUAUUAAAAUGGAUGCUACAAUUUGGGACACGAUCGGGCUCUACCAUUACUCUAUCCCAGGGGUUUUCAUCUUUUCUCAGUUUUGUCUUGGCACACUUGUUGCAGUUCUUAUUUUUGUGAAUAAUUGCGUGUUUAGUAGUUUGAAUCAUGUAGUUGCGACAUCAGUUGAGGAGCAAGACAAUAUGAAAGAGGAAAGCAAAACAAAGGUUUUAAUCCUGGCAAUAGCAGCAUGGUGUUUCCGCAGGAGCUCACGCUCAAUUUCAUUGCUUCUUAUGUUCAGCUUAGGAAUGAAGCUUGGGCUUUUGCAUGCCAUAUAUAUGGUGUUUUUCUUGAUAUAUCUCAUGAAGUCAACAAUAGGAAGACGAGUACGCAAAAUUUUAGUUCUUCUUUGUGAGGUGCACUUUGCACUCUUGUACUUGCUCCGGUUAGAUCUGAUUUCAAAGUCUAUUGGACAUAAAGGGGAUUUGAUGAGGACAGUCCUAUUUCAUUUGGGUCUAUCAAAUCAUGCAAGUGUUUGGGAAUUUGCUAACAUUGCACUGCUCUUAUGCUUUACUGCAAUUCAAAUUCAUGGCUUAGAAGUGCUACUUUCAUUGGCGACAAUUAUACAGCAGAGUCCGCAGCCACCAUUUGGGAUUGGCUUUAUGAAGGUUGGGUUCAACAAAUUUUUAUUGUUGACCAUAUAUUCUCCACAUGAUUUGAGAUAUAGUCAUUUGGAUAAAACUCCACUAGUGAGCUGGAUAACAAAGUAUCUCUCUUAUCUAGGCCAAAGAUCUCGAGAACUAUAUCGUGCAUGGGGCACAUACAUUGCAUCUUUGACCAUACUUGCCACUGUAUAUUUUGUGAGUCCUAAUUAUGUAUCCUUUGGCUACCUUUUCUUUCUGCUGAUCUGGAUUAUCGGCCGUCAACUUGGGGAGAAGACAAGGAGGCGUCUAUGGCUACCUUUAAUGAUUUAUGCUAUUCUGGUUUUUGUACUUAUCUAUGUUUUGAGCAACUUCCCAAACCUUCAGGCCUGGCUUUCAUCAAGGAUGCCACUCUAUUCAUAUAUGGGAUUCAGACCUGGAGCUUCAUUGAUCAAGAAUGUCUGGGAAUCUCUUUUAAUUUUGAUUGUAAUGCAGCUACACAGAUAUGAAAGGAUGGAAAGUUCAGCUGAGCUACCUUGUGGGAAUGUUGAUGAAUCCAUCCAGUCAAAUAUUGGAAUUAUUGGAUUUGUUAAAAGAUUUCUUAUAUGGCAUAGUGGGAAGGUUUUAGCAGUUGCAGUUUUUUAUGCUAGUAUUUCUCCAGUCAGUGCGUUUGGUUUUAUUUAUCUUAUUACUCUACUAUUUACAACCAGGUUUCCAAAGACUUCCCGUUUUCCAGCUAAAUUUUAUACAUGCUAUACAGGAUUCCUAAUUGCAUUUGAAUACUUGUUCCAGAUGUGGGGCAGUCAGGCUCAGAUGUUCCCUGGUCAAAAAUUAGCAGACCUUUCAACAUGGCUAGGUCUUAAAGUCUUUGGAAAUGGUUUCUGGGGGAUUGAAUCAGGAUUGCGAAGCAAAUUUUUUGUCAUAGUAGCCUGUACACUUCAAUAUAAUGUUUUCCGAUGGCUUGAACAGUUACCAAGUUCUUUGAUUAAUACAGAAGAGUGUGAAGAACCAUGUCAUUUGUUUAUUUCUCAUGAAACAAAACUAGAGAGAGAUGCUGAAGCUGCCCAAGAAAGAAGUCCAUUACUGGCUAGGCCUUUAUAUCAGGAGAAGUGUCAUUUGGAUGGUGAUUUUGACACUGAUAAACUGGGUAAAAAGUCAGGAAAUGGACCUUGCUCUCUGUUUGGCACUCAAGUGAGUUUAGGAUCAGGAGGACUCGGUUUGGAAACAGGGUUAUCAGAUCAUUCCCCUCAUGAGUAUUCAAUUUCUUCUUUCUGGGGAAGCUCUAGAGAAAGCCACAAAUGGAAUAAGAAAGUGUUGUUUACCUUGAGAAAGGAGAGGUAUGAGGCCCAAUUAUGCACAGUAAAGCUUUAUGCAAAAUUUUGGGUUGAGAACUUUUUCAACCUGUUUGGCCUGGAGAUGAAUAUGCUUACAUUGUUACUUGCAAGCUUUAUUGUAUUAAAUUCAAUAUCACUCUUUUAUGUAGCAGUCCUUGGCCUCUGCAUUCUAUUGAACAAAAAGGCAGUUCAUUUGCUGUGGCCUGUAUGUGUUUUCUUGUUUGCCUGCAUUCUUAUCAUUGAAUAUUUGGCUCUUGGGAAUGUUUUUCCACAAUGGACUCAUCAUGAUGCUACUGAAGUGCACUGUCACAAUUGCUGGGACAGCUCAAAACUCCACUAUAGUUAUUGCAUAAAAUGCUGGUUAGGAGUUGUUGUUGAUGACCGUCAAAUGCUUGUAACUUAUUUUAUGGUAUUUUUUAUUGCAUCCUUGAAAUUGCGUGCAAGUGGAAACUCCUCUGCUGGUUAUUUAUCUGAUUCAUAUCAUCAGCUGCAUUCUCAGAGAAUUAAUACAUCAGUUUGGGAAGAAAUUUUAUUUGAAACAAAGGGGCAAUGGACCUGGUUUGACCAUUUAAGAUUGUUCUUUUACCGUCAUUUAUUAGAUGUAGUCCUAAUGCUGGUUUUGAUCACUGGGACACUUGAGUAUGAUAUUUUACAUCUUGGCUAUUUGGGGUUUGCCUUAGUAUUUUUCCGAAUGAGGCAUACAAUCAUGAAAAAGAAAAACAGAAUUUUCAGGCUCUUACGUUUGUACAAUUUUUUACUCAUUGUUUUAUCCCUUGUAUUUCAAGCUCCAUUCUUCGGAGAUGUUGAGAAUGGAACACAUUCGAUAACAGGUUUUCUUUAUGGUGUUGUUGGGCUCUAUAAGUAUGAUUAUGGUUUUCGAAUUACUUCUCGUUCAGCUUUGGUAGAUAUUAUUAUAUUUUGUCUUCUUAGUCUUCAGUCUUUUAUAUUCCAGUUGAAAGCAUUUGAUGAGGUGUUGAACUAUAUUGAGGCAGAGAAAAUUGAUGCAAUGUUACAUUCUCAAGAGAAGAAGGCAGCUUGGAAGACUGCACAGUUGCAGCAUAGUCGUGAAAUUGAGGAACGGAAACAAAAACGUCGCAUGCAAGUGGAAAAGACGAAGGUGGAAAUGACUCAUUUGCAAAGCCAUCUCACAGAGCCAUAUUCUGCUCGAAAUCAUAGCAAUCCUUGUUUGGCAUGUCAGAUUAACAAUCAAGGAAGCACACCCUCGCAGAUUGAAUCCAUGGAUAAAAUUCAGCACCAUUCAGAGAAAUGCAAUGGGAUAUCUACAAAGCAACAAAUGUUUGACAAGCUACAGCAUGAGCAGUUACCAUACUUUUGUGAUGAUAAUGUGGGAAACCUCAGGAGCGUGAUAAAGCGAAAGAAUUCACACCUUCAGGAGCUUCCAUGCCCAACUAUCACUUCAAGAGGUGGGAGAGGAAUGGAUGAAGGAUCGAAAGAAAAGAUUCAAAAGCAGUCUAGUAAUUCUCCCACUUUUGAGAUCACUGAACUGGAAGAGCCUGUCAAUGGAGCUCAAAAAUCAGAGAGUAUCAAAGGUAUUAAGAUAGAAAAGGGUAAAGAACAUAAAGAGAAUCCUUUGGCUUCUGCUGUUCAGCUGAUUGGAGAUGGUGUUGCCCAGGUGCACUCAUUGGGAAAUCAAGCUGUAGCAAAUAUUGUAAACUUUUUCAACAUAGAGCAGAAUGAUUCAGAUUUCAGUGAGGUGUCUUCUGCCGAGGACAAACAAAAUGACCUGCCCAGUGAUGUAAAUGACAUUAGAGAAUUUGAUCCAGGACUUCUUGAUGGAACAUUGCCAUUGCAUACAAGUCAAAAAUGUGUUGAAUCUGAUGAGAAAAGCGAAUGGUUUAGAAAACUUUCUCUCUACUGCUGGUCAAAGAUUCAAUCCAAUACUGAUGCUAUCUGCUAUGCUUGUUUUGUCCUUGUAUUCCUUUGGAAUUUUAGUUUGUUGACCAUGUUUUAUCUGGCAGUUCUAUUCUUAUAUGCUCUCCUUGUAAAUCCUGGUCCAAGUCACUUUUUCUGGCUGGCAAUGCUAAUCUAUACAGAGCUGAACAUUUUUAUUCAGUAUGCAUAUCAAAUCGGUGUUAACCACUGUGGACUGAAAAUUGGUUCUCAUUUGCGAUGGGAAAUAGGAUUUCCUACAACUGAUGUAACUUCAUCAUUUGUGACUACUAUUUUCCCACUGUUUAUAGUGUAUUUUUCUACUCUUAUACAGAGUUCAAUUAAGGCCCGAGAUGGUGAAUGGAUGUUGGUUACUGAGAAUGUGUUUCAUGGCAACAGGAUGACUUUUAUGAAAAGAAAUUAUAGAACAAUGCAGUUGAAGGAGAUGCUGGGUUUUAUCUUACAUUCAGUUAUUAAUACUGUGAAAAUGACUGGAAGAGGCCUUAGGAGGUACUGGGAUUCACUAAUUCAUGGUUCAGAAUCUCCUCCAUAUUUUGUGCAAAUUUCAAUGAAUGUAAUGGACUGGCCACAUGAUGGGAUUCAACCUGAGAAAAUCGAGUCCGCUAUAAACAGGCUGCUUGACAUUUAUCAUAAGAAUUGGUGCAAGGAAAUUUCACCUUUGGCUAGGCAUCUUGUAAGUCGUGUUCGUGUUGAAAGCAUUGAAAAUAGCUCUGAAGAUGCUAAUGUGGCCCUAGCAGUUUUUGAAGUAAUAAAUGUUUCUUCUUUAAGUACCUGUCCUGAAAGUGCAAAGUAUAUGUCACUUACACCUGCUGCAGAUGUGGCAUGUGAACUUCAGAGGGCAAAGGAGGCUGGUCUUAUUGAGAAAUCAGGCUUUCCAUAUCCUAUUAUAUCUGUAAUUGCAGGAGGAAAGAGGGAAAUUGAUUUGUAUGCCUAUAUCUUUUGUGCAGAUUUGGUUGCAUUUUUCCUCGUUGCAAUAUUCUACCAAUCUAUGAUAAAACACAAUAAUCAAUUCCUCGAUGUAUAUCAAUUGGAGGAUCAAUUCCCAAAAGAAUUUGUAUUUGUUUUGAUGGUUCUGUUUUUCCUAAUCAUGGUUGAUCGCAUCAUUUACCUUUGUUCAUUCGCCCUAGGGAAAGUUAUCAGUUAUUUUUUUAGCCUUGUGCUAUUUACAUACUCUGUCACAGAGUUUGCAUGGAAUAUGGAAUCUCAAGGUCAAUAUAGUGGAGAAUUUGCCCUUCGUGCAUUUUAUCUCACCAAAGCAGUAUCUUUGUCACUACAAGCAUUGCAAAUCAAGUUUGGGCUUCCUCAUAAGAGCAUGCUAUAUGGACAGUUUCUUACAAGCAGAGUUACAAAUACAAACCAUCUGGGUUUUCGCAUUUAUCGAGCCUUACCUUUCCUGUAUGAACUUCGCUGUGUCUUGGACUGGUCAUGCACAACCACUUCUUUAACUAUGUACGAUUGGUUGAAGCUGGAGGACAUCUAUGCAAGUCUGUACCUGGUUAAGUGUGACAUUGCACUUUCUAGAGCGAAGCAUUGCCUAGGUGAAAAGCAGAGUAAAACAACAAAGUUCUGCAGCGGCAUAUGUUUGUUCCUUGUUUUGAUAUUUGUCAUAUGGGCACCAAUGUUGAUGUACAGCAGUGGUAAUCCUACUAAUAUUGCAAAUCCCAUUAAAGAUGUGAGCACACAAAUUGAUAUCAAAACAGGAGGUGGUAGAUUGACACUUUACCAAAAUACUCUUUGUGAGUGCCUUUUGUGGGAGGAUCUCUUAGCAGCAGGAUAUAACCUUGACCCUCAGGAUUAUCUGAAAACAUAUAAUAUUAAAGAUAUCCAGUUGAUUUGUUGUCGAGCUGAAUCAAACACGCUUUGGUUGGUUCCACCUUCAGUGGUUAAGAGUUUAAUGGAAUCCAUUGACAACGAAAGUGCUAUCAUGUUUUCAUGGGAAUUUACAAGGGACAGGCCGAAAGGAAAAGAAGUUGUGAGGUACAAUCCAAGUGAACCAGCUGAUUCUUCAGGCUUGCUAGAUGUUUUGAAUGGUACAAGCGAUGUUGCAAAAAUGUUUAAGAUUUAUCCAAGAUAUCUUCGUGUAACUGGAUCUGGAGAAGUACAUGAAUUGGAGCAAGUUAAGGAAAUUGUCAAUGGGUCUUUGGUUAUGAAUCAAGGGGCUUCAACUUGGUGGUCCUUUCAUCCUGAUAAUGCAUCAGAUAUAGAAGGAUGUGGCAGUUUUACUGGCCCAUCUGUAAUAGUUGUCUCUGAAGAAACUCCACAAGGAUUUAUUGGUGACACCCUUAGCAAGUUCAGUAUCUGGAGCCUGUAUAUAACAUUUGUGCUGGCUGUUGGCCGUUUCAUCAGAUUGCAGUGUUCAGAUCUGAGGAUGCGAAUUCCUUUUGAGAACUUUCCAUCCUGUGAUAGGUUGACAGCAAUUUGCGAAGACAUUUAUGCUGCACGGGCAGAAGGUGAAUUGAAACUUGAAGAAUUGUUGUUUGGAACCUUGGUAAAUAUUUACAGAUCUCCACAUGUGCUUCUAGAAUAUACAAAAGAUGAUUAACUGUAACUAAAAUCCAUAAAUAAUUUAUUUAAAUGUUUUUUGUCUGA